CUCAGCUGACUAACACGAAUUUUUUUUCCAUACCAUACACACAUAUUUCACAAUAGAAUUUUUGUAUUUUGGCCUUUAUACAAAAUUGCAUCGAUGAAUGUUUACUACUUUGAAUUAAAUUGAGGGAAUUUAAGCAGUGUUUUGUGUGAAUGUUGAGUGAAAAAAUGUUUCUGGAUAUUUAUCAAGUGAUUUGGCACAUAUUACAGUUUAUCUUCGACAUUGUUGAUAUCUGUUGUCGGCUGGUCACAUUUGCCAAAGCAAAAUGCAAACACGUUCAACGGCGAUUUUACGGCGAGGAUUUGUCCAGUGAAAAGCAUUUUAUUGAAAUGAAUAAGCGAAAUUUAACCAAAAUUCCAAUUCAUUUAGCUGUGAUAUUGGGACCCGAAUUGCCCGAUUUUCGGGCACUAUCCAAAAUAAUUAUAUGGUGUCUAUCUACCGGUAUCCCAAAUAUCACAUUUUAUGAUCAUAGAGGCAUCUUAGUGUCAAACAAUGGCAAAGUAUAUGACCAUUUAUCACGGUGGCGAAAGGAUAACGAUAAAAUUUGUUGGAAUACAUUUAACGGCGAUAUUUGUGGCAGUCAAGUGGUUUAUAAAAAUGGUUUGAAAAAGGAGCUGUCGGUGAAUUUCGUAUCGCCGCUUGAAUGUAAGCGAAAAAUUGCCGACGUGUGUCGAACGAUGGCAACCGAUAAAAGUAUUCAACCUGAACAAAUUACAAUCAACAGUGUGCACGAACGAUGUGCUACAAUUAUUAGCCCUGAUCCAGACGCAGCCAUUUAUUUUGGUGAUGUUUGCAGUACAUACGGUUUUUUGCCGUGGCACAUUCGACUCACCGAAUUUUUCCCAAUUCAAUCACAAGACACGAUGACCGUUUACUCAUUUAUGGAAACAUUAUUCAAAUUUUCAAAAUGCGAACAACGGUUUGGUUACUAAAGUGCCACUCACAAAGUUAUUUAGUUCCAACAUAUACACUUAUGUAGUUUAAUCUAGUAGAUAACGUAAGAUGGAUUAAGAAAUACCGAGAAAUGCAGAGUUAAAGAUGUGAACAAAAUCAAAAAGAAGUAUUCACAACAUCAGGUAGAGCAGAUUCCAACAAAACUUGAGCAGAUCAAGCAGAGAUAUACGAAAAGACUUUGUAAAAAAUUAUAUCAAUGAAUUGAAAAAAAAAAUGCUGGAUUUAUGUUAUUCAAUGAAAAUACCAUAAGCUUAAAUUCGGUCUUAAGUUUUGAUUGAAGUCGAUUAAUUGAAUCGAGAUUAUUUGUAAGGAAAAGACAACUGUUAUUAAAUUUAACAACAAAUACACAUGCCGAAAUAAUAUAUGAAAUUA